CCUCCUGAGCUGGGGUGCCGCUCCUUACUACGGGGCACCUCCCAGCCACUCCAUACCGCUGGUGUCCACAGCAACAGCAACGCUUCUGGCCCCCAACUGUCAUCUCUGGCUGCUGGGCCUUCAGUGCAAUGCAGGCCAUCAAGUGUGUGGUGGUGGGCGAUGGAGCUGUGGGCAAGACGUGCCUUCUCAUCAGUUAUACCACCAACGCCUUCCCUGGAGAGUACAUCCCCACUGUGUUUGACAACUAUUCAGCCAAUGUGAUGGUGGACAGUAAACCCGUGAACCUGGGGCUGUGGGACACCGCAGGCCAGGAAGACUAUGACCGCCUCCGGCCACUUUCCUACCCGCAGACGGAUGUGUUCCUCAUCUGCUUCUCGCUGGUCAGCCCAGCCUCCUAUGAGAACGUCCGAGCCAAGUGGUUCCCUGAGGUACGGCACCAUUGCCCCAGCACCCCCAUCAUCCUGGUGGGUACCAAGCUGGACCUGCGAGAUGACAAGGACACCAUCGAGAAGCUGAAGGAGAAGAAGUUGGCUCCCAUCACCUACCCGCAGGGCCUGGCGCUGGCCAAGGAUAUUGAUUCAGUCAAGUACUUGGAAUGCUCUGCGCUCACCCAGCGAGGCCUGAAGACCGUCUUCGAUGAGGCCAUCCGGGCAGUCCUGUGCCCACAGCCCACACGGCAGCAGAAGCGUCCCUGCAGCCUGCUCUAGGGGUCUCAGCCCACUCCUCCCACCCCGAUGAUCUUGACCCUCUGAGUCCUCCGACCAAAGCCCAGUGAUACACUGGUGGGGCAUGCCGUCCCCUCCGUGUGGUGUUUCUUUUCAGACAGCUGCAGAACCUGCCUAUCUCCUCAGUGGAGGUCCCUGGGGAUGGGAGGAUGUUUAGAGGUGACAUCCUACCUAGAAUCUCCUGUGUUCCCCAGGACCAGAGGGGAGCCCCAAGACUCAGUCAUCUAUCCUCAUGUCAUACAGUGGCAUACACCCAUCUGCUCCAGGCCCUCCUGAUGCCCUUCUUGAAGCUUCCUGGUCUCCAUGGCCUGCCACCACUAUGUGUCUGCAGGGACAGGUUCUCUUGCUCCAGUACCCACCUGGUUUGCCUUGUUGGAACCACUGAACCAAAAGGAGAGAUGUGGAAGGCUGCUCCUCU